GCCAAAAGGGAGGAAGAAGAAUUGGCGCAAGAAACCAAACCGCGCCACCCGCCCGCCUCCAACCGCGCUUAAAUGCGCGCCCUUUCUUCUUCCCCGGAGGCCCGGAGUUAAACCCUCGCGGACGCCUCCGUCCCCCGCUAUUACAAAAGGGAAGCUCCCCCUGCGCCUCAGCUGGUAGUUUGCUAGCUAGCUGAGUUUCCUGAGCCCGAGCGCGCGCGGCCGCCCGCCGUCGUCGGUUGCGCUUUGCCGCCGGUCGCCCGCCGAGGUCGAUCGGGAGCUAGCUAGCUAGCCGGCCGGGGAGCAAUGCACAUUGCCACCUGCGUGUGGCAGGAGAAGGCGGCGGCGGCGGCGGGCAUGGGGGGAGGAGGCGGCGGCAUCGGUGGUGGUUGGAAGAAGAAGAAGCGGGAGUGGGCGUCGGUGGCGGCGGCGGCGGGGGGCGCGCUCAACUGCGCGGUGAGCUUCGUGGUGUUCUCGGCGCUGGACGUGCUGGACGUGGUGCUGUGCCUGGUGUACAAGCUGGUGGACUACGCCGUGGAGGCGGAGUGGAAGGCGUGCUACUGCACGGCGGCGGCGGCGCGCGGGGACGCCGGCGGCCCGCGGAUCCUCGCGCCGCCGGGGCCCAAGGUGGUGCGGCUGUCGGCGUCGUCGUCCAAGAUGCAGCUGGAGGACGUGUCCGACACGCUGUACGUGCGCCCCUCGCUGAUGGCCGACGCCACCAAGAAGGCCGGCCCCGCGCCGCCCGCGCUCACCGUCAGCCCCGCCAUCGCCGAGAUGAUCCGCGGCAAGAUCGACCGCCCGCCGCGCCCGCCCCCGCCGGCGCCGUGCUGGUCCGACUGCGACUGCAAGGUCUGCCACGCCUGGAGCGCCGCGCCGCGCUCCGCGUCGCUCCUCUACGUCCACGUCCAGGCGCCGCCGCCGCCGGCCGAGGCGGCCGAGGACGUGGUGUUCAUCCACGGGUUCAUCUCGUCGUCGGUGUUCUGGACGGAGACGGUGUUCCCGGCGUUCAGCGCGGCGGCGCGCGGCCGGUACCGGAUGUUCGCGGUGGACCUCCUCGGGUUCGGGCGCAGCCCCAAGCCGGCGGAGUCGCUCUACACGCUGCGGGAGCACGUGGAGAUGAUCGAGCGCUCCGUGCUCCAGCGCUUCCGCCUCGGCUCCUUCCACGUCGUCGCCCACUCCCUCGGCUCCGUCCUCGCCCUCGCCCUCGCCGUCAAGUACCCCGCCGCCGUCAAGUCGCUCACCCUCCUCGCGCCGCCCUACUUCCCGGUGCCGGAGUCGGAGGCCGGCGCGGCGACGCAGUACGUGAUGCGGCGGGUGGCGCCGCGGCGAGUGUGGCCGCCGAUCGCGUUCGGGGCGUCCAUGGCGUGCUGGUACGAGCACGUGAGCCGCACCAUCUGCCUCACCAUCUGCCGGCACCACCGCGUCUGGGACCGGCUCUUCAGGAUCCUCACCAGGAACAGGGUCCGGACGUUCCUGAUCGAGGCGUUCAUGUGCCACACCCACAACGCGGCGUGGCACACCCUGCACAACAUCAUCUGCGGCAGCGCGGCCCGGAUGGACGCGUACCUGGACGUCCUGGCGUCGCAGCUGUCGUGCAAGGUGGCCGUCUUCCACGGCCGCGACGACGAGCUGCUCCCCGUCGAGUGCGCGCUGGCCGUCGGCGCCCGCGUGCCGCGCGCCCGCGUCACCGUCUACGACCGCAAGGACCACAUCACCAUCAUCGUCGGCCAGGAGGACCGCUUCGCCGCCGAGCUCGAGGCCAUCUGGAGGAGCGCCGCCGCCGACUAGCUGGCUGCGGCUGGUGGUUGACUGAUCGCCCGACAACAGGGCACAGAGGUGGAGACGACCCUGCCUGCAAGAUUUCAUGGCCUGUCAAGAAGAUGCAAUAACGUCGAUGCUAAUUCCCUGCAGUCUGCAGAUUGCAAUGCAGCAAGGAAAAGAAAGAAAGAAAAAGAGCAAACCCAUGUACUAUAUUAUAUCAGCAGGAUGAGCGAGCAACUGUACUGUAGUAUCCUCUGCCAUCAAUCAUUUGCAAGAGUUUUUUUUUAUUUCUUCAAAAAUCAAAAUACAAAGUAGCUGUAUUCUCCUCUCUUUUUUUCUUCAUCUUCUCUAGUACAAAGAAACUAAGAAAGUGCCUGCCUGUAUUGAUUGUCUGAAUGGACCAACGAGUUGGUUGGCGCUCAUCAGCAGCUAGCGUGUCUUGUCUCCAACUCAAUCACGAUCAAUUUGUAACAGCACAUACAUAAUGGAAUUCAUUAAGUUGCUGCA